AUGCUAUUUCGUAAUCAAACAAAUAACUGCUCAUAUUCUUCAAAUGUUGACAAGACUAAUUCUGAUUUAACUGAAAAUGCCUCAUCUUCGACUACGCUUACACCAGUUCAACUUUUGGCAUUGGCAAUUCGUAAACGUCGUGGUCUAAUGGAUCAAAAACACAAGGAUUUGCGUCGGGAGUUGCUGCAUUCGGGAUUCAUCCAAAUUUUGUGUAAGUCCUUAGGCGAAAGCCGUGCCGCAAAACGUCGGCUUCGCAAAAGGCGUAAGGGGGCAGCGAAAAAAACACGCUGGGAUUGUCAAAAUAGUGGUUCGCCUCCUCCAGAUUCUACGAACGACUCCACAUCUGACUCAGUGGUUCAUUGGAGCGGCUCUGGUGAUGACUGUUAUGGAAGCGAUGAUGAGGGCCAACGUUCAUGCAAAAGGUUCAAAGUCGAUCUUGAUGCUACUCAAGGACAUUUGGCUUUUAGUGAGUUGACGUCUUCCGAUUCAGAUAAAAUUCCCAGUUUGUACAGAAAGAUGUCGAGUUAUUCAGCAAGUAAUUCUAUAUUUAGUUUAUCAUUUCUAUUUAGUAAAAACUGUUUACAAGUUAUGCUUUGUUCACAAACAAUUAGUUGUGUUCGAACAUUUUGUGCUUCAAAGGCAAUAUCCAGUCAUUAUGACAUUGUAAUUGUCGGGGGUGGUUUGGUCGGGAGCGCGAUGGCUUGCGCUAUUGAUCUGAACGUUUGGAAGCAAAUUUCGGUUAAAGCACAACCGGUCACUUCCUUAUAUAUUCAAGAUGGUUGCUCAGAAUCUAGGAUUUCUUUUAAACAAUCCAAACCAAGCUCCCCAGUUGCUUAUAUUGUAGAGAAUUGGAGGAUUGUUGAUGCUUUACAUCAAUGUCUUAGAGAAAGUUUAAAUAUUGAUUGGAAGCAAGAGACCUCAUUUUGUGAAUUGAGUUUGCCUGAAAGCCUCGAUGAAAGUGUCGUUCUUAAAUUGGACAAUGGUGAAGUAGUUGAAAGUUCUUUGUUGAAUGAUAUUAAAAACACGAUUGCGUGGCAAAGAUUUAUGCCAACUGGGCCAAUCGGUAUUUUGCCACUUAAUGAGAAGCUGAGUUCACUUGCCUGGACAACUUCAACAUCAGAAGCAAAACGUCUUUUGGAAUUGCCUAAUGAAGAAUUUGUGAAGGAAUUAAAUGGAGCUUUGGUUGAUCAUUCUGGACAUAAUAAAAUAAUUGAUGGGCCUUUAAAUUGUUUUUCAAGUAUUUUGAAUUCAAUUCCAUUUUUGACGUCAUCUGAAAAUUUUGUCUUCCCAACUAUUCUUUCUCUGCCAAAUAAUGAUAGAGCAGCAUUUCCACUAUCUCUAAUUCACGCGCAUGAUUAUAUUGGGAAUAGAUUGGCAUUAAUUGGGGAUGCAGCACAUAGAAUACAUCCAAUGGCUGGACUUGGAGUUAAUCUUGGAUGGUCUGAUGUAGUUAAUUUAACAAAUACACUCGAAAUUGCAGUUAAGGAGGGUGGAGAUUUGGGUUCUUUAAUUUAUUUAAAAAACUUUGAUGCCAAAAGUCAACGCAAAAAUGUUCCAAUAAUGACUGCUAUUGACUUUUUAAAUAGUUUGUUUUCAACAAAUUUUCUUCCGUCAGUUUUUGUUCGUUCUGUAGGUGUUAAUUUGUUGGAUAGGCUUUGGCCUGCAAAGGAUUUGAUGGUUCAAUAUACUUCUUGA